AUGGAGCUUGUCGCUAAACUGUUUUGGUUUGCGAGACGCGAAUGCAGCCGCGGCAACGGUGAGUGGCGUUUUUCAACAGGGCCCUCCUAUACCAACCACCACCGCCGCCGCCACCAUGUUCACGCGAAUUACGCUGUUUUGACCACCGAGUCGCUGCCUUGGCACCCGAUGAAUCAUCGCCCCGGAGUUAGACCAGUGACCCUCUUCCUUAUCGUUUUUUUCUCCCCCUCAAAAGUACAACGCACCAGCAGACACUACUCAGCCUUGAGCCUGUCUCUGAGUUGCGGCCGCACUUCGCUCGGCAUGCCCUCCCGAAACGAACGAAGGCGGAAGGCGUCGGGCUGGGUUGGGGGUAUCCGAGAGAUGCUGCGGAUUCACGAGUACCUCGUCGCUAAGAGUGAUGAAAGUAUCCUCUCAAGGCUCACCCGUGAGCGCAUCAUUCAGCUGUCUACGGGGCUCCCACAUGCGGACAACGGGAGACGCGUGGUUUCCCUGAGGCUGCUCCAUCGACUGACCUCGUCUUUGCCGCGCGCCGUGGUGGUGCCUUGUUAUGGCGACAAGCCGCCCUCGUCAAUGUUUCCCCUGAACGGGCUUGGAGGAUCGGCAGACGAUGCCGGGGGCGGGGCGAACUCCGCAUUUUCACCGGUCUCCGCGUGCUCCUUCUGCGACGUCUACUCGCCCACGUAUGCCUCCUGCUGGCCCUCGCCCCUGAUCAGACUCGAACACAAGGCUGAAGUCGUCCCAGUCAUCUCCUCCGAAGCCCUCAAGCCGGAGAAAGCGCUUCUCUCCGGUCCAGGCGGUGGUGGUGGUGGUGGUAGUGGUGCUGAUGGAGGUGGCGAUGAAGCGCCUCAGAUCGGCGAUGGCCCCUCAGAAAGGACCAUCACUUCGCCAGAACCAGCAGCCGACAACCCGGCGACCGCGGCCGCCCCGAUCGCCGUGGACGGAGCGAACCCCGUCCCACCCGGCCCCGUCUCGGACAUGCUUUGCAUCAGCCCGGAGCCCGUCUCCGCGGAGGAGUCCGCUGAGGUCGCCGCAAUCAUCGACGCCCAGAACGUCCCCUCGAUGUCGUGCUCAAGCAUGGUGCACACCUCGAAGCACGGCGCGCUGAGACGCGUUUGGGACCGAUCGGUGGUGCUGCCACCGGGUCCGGCUAGUCCCGACGGCAAGGUGCGCGUGAACAGUGGCAGCUGCGCCAGGACCGACAUCGAAUUCCUCAGCUCCAUGACAAAGCAGCCGCAUCAGCAGCAGCCCCAACCUCACCCUGUCCCCGCGGUCUCCUACCCGAACCAGACUCUCCCUCCGCUGAAACGCUUCACCAAUUACAUGGCCUCCACCGGCGAUGUUAGCGGUUCGGCCUUUAAUUUACCUUACGACGCCGAUUGUCACAAACAUCAGCUUCCGCCGACACUGGCCCACCCGUUCCUGCCCAAGCCGCCUUCGGGCGACCCUCACCACCACCACCAUCAAGUGCAGCAUCACCAGCCCAUGGAACUGACGUCUAAGUCCCGAAGCAACUCUUCAACCCCGCUUCCCCAACUAUCUCACCCCUCCUCGCAUCCUGAUUUUCUUGCCUACACCCGUCUCUUAGCUGCUAACCACCACCACCACCAGCAGCAGCAGCAGCAGCAGCAAGCGGCUGCUCUCCCCGUGUCCGACCAGCCUCUCAACCUCAAGGGGACCGUCAGGGGUCCUUCGACGGCGUCGACGACGACGACGACAACGUCGUCGGGCGCCUCAUCCUCGAAUUCGACGACCCACGCCCGCGGCACCUUCUACCCACCAACAGGGGUUCCUCCGAACCCCGCCGGUGCGUCUGCCACAUCGCCUUCCAUCGCGAGGCACCAUCACCAGACGAUGCGCAGUGGAAGGUAUUCCACGGGGACCUUGGGUGGGCCCUCAAGGGGACAACCGCCGACUACCCCUGGGAGACCGGUCACAGUGUCGAAUCAGGCGUCAUCGCAAAUUGGCUCGCCGGGUUCUAUGCAUUUGCCCCAACCUGAACCAAUGUCGGCGGUACCCGGUUGCUCCUCUUCUUCUAACCUCCCGCUUCCCAACGAUGCUUCAUUGAAGAAGUUUAUGCUGGAGCAGCUCUUCGCCUCGUCACUGGCUCGCUCAGCAGCACCCUUUCACACCCCUUCGGCGCACCAGCAGAAGCCCUCCCACCACCCUGAGGCAGCGCCUCAGCGAGCCCCCGCGACAACCAUCGACCUCAUGGCGACCUCGGCGGCGGCGGCGUCGGCGUCGUCGUCGUCGUCGUCUGCUCCCUUCUCGCCAUCAAAGUACAACCAGCCUCCGAGGUACACCCCAUCGAAUCCCCUUGAUGUACUGACUCAGACCGCCGCCAUGAUCGUUGCCCAGCAACACCUGUCCAUGACCACCCCCCAACAGGCCAUCAACGCCCUCAGGGAGAGGAUGCUGGAAGCUGCCAAGGAGGCCGUGAUAGCGCUUGACGUCCCAGCUGACAGCGAGAAUGCCUUGAGAGUGGCCAAAUUGGCGGCCGCGGCGGUCGUAGAAAUAGUCAGCAACCAAGUGCAGGCGCAUCAGCAAGCCGGUGUAAGUCACCAUCACUACCAGCAACUCCUGCAACAAUUCCAAAGGCAGAGUCAGGAGGCCAGUCAUCAACAACAACAGCAACAACAACAACAACAGCAGCAGCAACAGCAGCAGCAGCAGGCUUUCACGAUGUCGAUUUUGGCUCAGCUUCAACAGCACUACCUUGCUCAACAGCAGCAGCAGCAGCAACAGCAGCAGCAAGCGAAGAGGCAUCCCCAGCCCCCGCCUAGCCUGCACCAGCAUCAUCCACUUCACUUACAGGGUAGCGCGUACGCCCACCAGCAGAAGCCGAGGGUGGCGGCGCCGGCGGUGCCAACGAGCACCAUCUGGCCCCCCUCUUCGUCGGCGGUUGUGGGUUCUCGGGGGUUCCAGUCUCUGCCAGGGAACCCCAGCCACCGUGGGAGCGCCCACCACAACCAGCAGCCACCGCCGCCGCCCCCACCACCUGCUGCGCCUCCGCCUGGACUCGCGCAGAUGCAGGCCGCUCAGUGGGCCAGUCAACUCUACGGAGGCGUCUUCCCCGGGGUCAAUUCACGGGAUCCUUCGACAGCAGCAGCCGCCGCGGCUCUUGCGAUGCAGCUGAGCGCAGCGACCGCGGCAGCCAACCAGCGCACGCCCGUGGGAUCCACCAGCGGCGGCGCCGGCCAAUCAGCGUCCGUGGGGUCACCGACCACCAGCCAAGCGGCGACAGCAGCGCUCGCUGCGGCCAUGCGACAGCAGGAGGUCUUCAACGAGUUUUUGCGUUUCAUGCGCCAACAGCAGUCUAACUCAUCGAGCCAAUAA